AUGAGUCCUGCCCAUGGUCGCUCGGGCAGUGGGAACUUUACUGAUCUGGCGAUGGAUGAAAGCACUUAUCUUAGCGAAGACUUGCCGCUUCCGCCAGCCCGGCUUUUCGACCGUCUUAGCCAGCUGCCGGGCUUCACCUGGGACCAGUCGGUGGAGCCCUUUCACUCGACCUAUAAUCACUGGCACAUCACUGGAUUCCGCCAUGCUGUUGAAGCAGAUCUCUCUACCCCGGUCGCGACCUCUUCUGGUCCCGCUUCGUCCGGCCCAUCCAGCCUCACUCGCAAUUCCCCACGUAUCGACGUUCGCUUAGCCGCCCGCACCCUCAACCGGCGCCACAGUGUCAGUGAAACUAGCAGUGAGCUGUCUAUCUCCCGAGGCGACCAGGAGCAGAUAUGGAUUCCAGUUGUUGCCCGCAUCUCUACCAACGUAGUUCGACUGGAACGCGAAUUUCAUAUGUUGAGAUCGAUCGUGCAAUCCUCGGACCCUGAUUGCAACCAUACCGUACGGCCUAUUGACCUCAUAAGGCUACCCCCGGGUUCCGGCGACAACUCUACACUCCUUGUGGCUAUCUUUGAGCAUCCCGGCCAUGACAUGUUGCGAGAUAUAGUUACCUUCGGCCCAGCAUCAUUUGUGGCCGGGGCAAGAGGCGACAAUAACGCAACCCCCAACGAACAAGUCGACUUGCCUGCUUUUCUGGACUUUGCAGUUGGUGCCUGUGACUGUCUAGAGAUACUGCACUAUGGGAUGAAGACGGUACACGGAGAGAUUCGUGGUGAUGCUUUUCACUUUUGCGCCGAAACCGGGACUGUCAAGCUUUCAAAUAUCGGCAACGGUGCACGCUCAUUUGACAAUGUUCUCAGCGAAGGUUGGUCCUCUGUUUCCCGAGAGCUUGGUGCCAAAUACAAGCUGCAAUUCAUUGCACCCGAACAGACAGGAAGAAUGCCCACGGAACCGGACAGUCGCACAGAUAUCUACGCCCUGGGCCUUUUCUUUUGGUCGAUGUUGGUUGGGAAAUUGCCAUUUGAGGGCACGGACCCUAUGGACGUUGUUCAGAAUGUACUCGGCAAGAAGUUGACACCCAUAUCUUCCAAGAGAAUGGACGUUCCCGAUGCGCUUUCGGCCGUGAUCCAGAAAAUGACACAAAAAGUGGUACAUGAUCGCUACCACACCAUUUCAUCUGCCAAGAAAGAUUUGAUGCAGAUCGCACAAUUGCUGGGUGAUGGCGAUGGCGAAGCUUUGAAUAGCUUUCAGAUUGCACAGCAGGAUGUCUCCUCAUUUUUCACCCUUCCAUCACGAAUGUUUGGUCGACAGAGAGAGUACCAACUUAUUUGCAGCGUGAUUGACAAAGUCAAGAAGCGCCAAUCAUCUGCUCUCGCCAAAGCGUCUUUACAAAGCCCAGGAACUGCGCAUGCACUAGCUUCGACAUCGUCCGUUUCGGACGGCCGUGUUGACAGCUUUGAGUUUGCCUCUAUGUCCAGCGACUCUGGAUCCUUCCACCUACCCCCUCGGACAAGCUCUAAUGCGACAAGCUAUCAUCUAGCCCAUGCCGGCACUCAUGAAUCAACUGUUACCAGUGAUGCGGCUUCAUCGACACCCAAAUCUGGGCCUAUCCUAACCAACCAAGAAAUACCCCUGAAUUCAUUGUACAGCAAAACCAAAAGCCCUUCUCAUUCUCGAUCUUCUUACAACACAGACAGAGAGAGCCAUCCGUCGAUUCACGCCGGUAGUAACAGCCAGCAUUCAACCAAUGCCUUCAGUCAACCAGACUCUCUGGGCUCUCUAUCAAAUCAGAAGAGUGCCGCAAGGAUUCGCCGAAGCGGACGAUGUGAAGUCAUAACAAUCAAUGGCGCUGCCGGCAUUGGAAAGACAGAUCUUCUGAAUCGGGUACAGCCAAUCAUCCGUAAAAUUGGAUUUAUCGCAAUAUCAAGACUUGACCGUGCGAAACGAGUCCCGUUUGAGCCCUUUGCCAAGAUUCUUGCUAGUCUCUUGCGUCAGAUAUUCUCCGAGAGAGAUGUCACGACCGAAUAUCACGAUAGUAUCCGAGCGGCUCUGCGUCCAAUAUGGCCUACACUUCACAGAGUGUUAGACCUUCCCGAACAACUCAUGUCACCUGGUGUGAAGUACAAGCCAUCGUCGCUGCGGACUGUCGCCAGCUCACAAUCUAAGAUUGACCCAACUAAGGGUGAACCAGCUAAGCAUAUCCAUAUUCCCUGGCUUGACCAGGGCCAAUCAUCAGUAGAUUUCUUUCUGUCAAAUGCAGCAUCAAACAAUAUGCGCCUCAUGGAUAUCUUCUUGGAGAUUAUGAGAACAAUUUGUCAGUACAGGCUCAUAACUGUGUGCUUGGAUGAUCUCGAGUAUGCAGACGACGAGACACUGGAACUCGUUUUGAACAUUAUUAGGGCUAAGUUGUCUUGUGUACUUAUCCUCACAAGUCGCAAGGAUGAGAUUGCUUCCUCACAAGUGAAAGCUUUAUUCGAGAUGGAAAGCUCUAACGUUACCCGCAUUGAUCUCCAGCCACUUGGAGAAGGCGACAUCGCGGAGUUCAUUGCUGCCACAAUGCACCAAGAGCCCAAUUCGACACUCACGCCACUCACUGCUGUCAUUCAGGAAAAAAGCCGAGGAAAUCCCUUCUAUGUGAGAGUGAUGCUUGAAACCUGCUAUCGGAAGAACUGUCUUUGGUAUUCUUGGAAGGACUCGCAGUGGCUAUUCGAUCUCGAUAGGAUUUUUACGGAAUUUGUAGCCCCUGUAUAUGGUGAAGGCCUCGGAUUGGGCUUCCUCACUAAACGCCUGCAGGAGAUUCCAUCUGCUGCACGAUCAAUCAUGGUUUGGGGUGCUCUCCUGGGAAGUCCGUUUUCAUUCUCGUUGGUCCAAAAACUUCUGACAAGCGAGUUUCUUUUUUACUCGGACGACGACGAUGGAGAAAUUGACCUUACAUGUCCGCGAAAUUCUGUGUUGAUGAGACAGUCGGAAGGCGAUAUCGUUGUUGGUCUGCAGUACCUGGUUCAGGCGAACCUUCUGAACACGGGCAGAACCGAUGAUGAGUUCAAGUUAGGCAAUGACCGCCUUGCACAGGCUGCCCUCUCCUUGGGCGAGAGCCGAAGCGUCGAGAAGAUGCACUUCAUCAUUUCCAAGACUCUGAUGAAAUACUAUCAUGACUCUCGAAGUCUGUAUUCAAUGGCCCAUCACGUGGCGCUCGCCUCACGAACCAUCAAAUCCCGAGUUGGGCGAAGAGUUGAUUACCGACGAAUCUUAUGGGAAGCUGGCCAGACAGCUGCGCAGUCCGGAGCCCGACCCACUGCUCUUUGGUAUUUCCGCCACUGUAUUGCCCUUCUUCAAAAUGACCCUUGGGAUGCCCGUCAGAUUGACGUUUACUACGACGAAACCAUGCGUCUCUUCAUUGCGACAGCGGAAAUGGCGUGGUCUCAAGGUCAAAAUGACGAUGCCCUUACAUUGAUUGACGCUGUUUUUACCCACGGCAAGGAUGCCGUGAGCAAGUCAAGGGCUUGGGUAAUCAAAGCCAAAAUAUUCGCUCAACUAGGAGAUCAUCCUCGUUCGAUGGAAUCAUUACUCAGUUGCCUGGAUGAGCUUGGAGUUCAUCUCCGUGCGCCGACUUCAUACGAGGAAUGUGAUGCUGCCUACCACAGACUCAAGUUGUAUCUCCAAUCUGCAGACUUUGAUGCGAUCUCUCAGAAGCCACUCAGCAAGGAUCCCGAUUUGGUAACGAUAGGAGCUGUCAUGUCCGAGGCAAUGGCCGGGGGGUUCACUCAAAUUUCUAUCGGCUGUUCACAUCUUGCCAUGAUCGCCUUGAGCCGCUUCCGGGACCUUGAGUUUGGUGCCACACUCAGCGAUAUUUCUCUCUCAUUGCUUGAGCGUUCUUCUGAGCUCUGGACUCAGAGCCGAGGUUCCAUCGUUCACAAUCUUUAUGUUAGUCACUUGCGAGUUUCUAUGGCAUCAACCUUGCCCGCCGUUGAAGCCUCGCUCGAGGCUUGCUUCUCAAUGGGUGACCCAUAUAUCACUCUUGUGAGCAUCUCGUCAAUGGCCAUGACUAGGCUCUAUCUCGGACAAGACAUGGCCCAACUGGAGGUGUUUUGUGUUGAGACUCCAGAAGAAGUUCCUUUUUGGGGCAAGGACACGCGCGGUGGCACUAGUAUACUAGCUGUUCGGCAAGUUGCGCGAUCCUUGCAAGGCAAAACGGAUUAUCGGUCCGCUGACAAUGUCAUGUCCGACGACGAACACAAAACAAGUUCGUACAUGGCCUACCUGGAAGCCAAUGCCAGUAACGUCGACAGGCCUCGCGAUAUCUACUUAGGUCUUUCCAUGAUCCCCUUGUGUCUAUAUGGCCACCAUGCCAAAGCCAUUCAGGUCGGAACACAGCUCCUAGACACCGCAUACAGGCUUUGGUCUUUGCGAGUGACUUAUGCAAUCUAUUUCUACUUGGCUGUGUCAAUCCUGACACUUCACAACGACUUUCCAUCCCAAGGCUAUCUCGACGGCAAAAUGGACACGGUUCUACGAUACAAGGAAGUGGUUGACUUUGCUAGAACAGCUUCAGAAGCAAAUUAUGGCAUGUGGGCCUUGAUACUAGAGGCCCUCAUCUCCGAAGUCCGAAACGACCAUAGUGCUGCAAUCCAGGCCUAUGAAGCCGCAACUGACCAUUCUCAAAUCCACGGAUGGCCAUUGGAGGAGGCGCUUGCACUUGAGUUGCAGGGUGAGUUCUUAGUGAGGCGCGGUGCCAAACGAGCUGCUAGAUCUGUUAUGUUAGAUGCCAUUGCAGCGUGGAGCUCUAUAAGUGCGAGUGGGAAGGCUACAAUGCUCGCCGAGAAGCAUGAGUGGCUUCUCAAAACCGCAACAUCUGCUAGAACAGUCGACAUUGGCUGCCAAACAGUUGACUCACUACUCGAAAUGACCCGCGAUGCUGUUCAAGAGGAGAUUGCCAUUCCUUCGCAGAUUGAGGAAGACGAAAGGAGGCAGCGUUGGAUUGAGCAGAACGGUGUCACGGCUGGCGAGAGAUCCAUGGAUAUCUCAAGUGUCGGUCUAGGUAAGCGCAUCAUUCCCGAGCAAGAGAACUUUCAGCAACCUAACAAUGAGAUAGACAUCAUAGAUCUCUCCAGCAUCCUUGAGUCUAGCCAGGUCAUGUCGUCGGAACUCCAGAUCGACAAACUUUUCACGAAAAUGCUAGAGAUCAUUCUUGAGUCCUGCAACGGUUCCGAUUUUGCUGUCAUUGCCACGGACUUUGACGAACACGGCUUUGCCAUUGCCGCAGCUGCAGAUGCUGAAAAGGGCCAGAAAUCUUAUCCAGAUGGUCGGCCAUUCUCUGAACUCGAGGGCCGCAUGGCAGAAGGGAUCACCCACUACGUCAUGCGCACUAAGGAAGAGGUUCUCGUCCACAAUGUACUUGAUGACGAACGCUUUUCCAACGUGAACGAGGCUUACCAAGCCAACUUUCCUCUUGGACGAUCUGUCAUAGCUCUUCCAAUUGUCCAGGCAGAUCAUCUUCUUGGUGUCAUUCAUUUGGAGGGAAAGCCAAACUGGUUUACCCAACGCAAUGUUGUCGUUUUGCACCUGCUUUGCAACCAGAUAGGAAUUUCGUUAUCAAAUGCCUUGCUUUUCCGUGAGAUUCGCAAGGUCAGUGCCAAGAACGCUUCUAUGAUAGAAUCCCAAAAGCGCGCCCUCGCACAAGCCCGCGAGUCAGAGCAAAAGGCAAAGGUGGCUGAAGCCGAGGCCAAACAUAACGUCAAACUCAAGGAAGACGCGGCCAGAGCAAAGUCCAUUUUCCUCGCAAAUAUCUCUCACGAUCUUCGUACCCCCAUGAAUGGCGUUAUCGGCCUUUCUGAGCUACUCAAGGGCACCCAGCUCAACAAAGAGCAGGAUGAAUACGUGGAGUCCAUUCGUGUCUGCGCGGACACUUUACUUACUCUCAUCAAUGACAUUCUCGACUUCUCCAAGCUGGAAGCCGGGAAGAUGAAGAUUUCCACAGUCCCGCUCAACCUUAAGGAGACAAUCUCCGAGGUUAUUCGUGCACUUCGAUAUACCCACCGAGAACGUGACCUGGACACCAUUGAGGACCUGGAGCGUGUUCCACCGGAGCUUGUUGUUCUCGGAGAUCCUGUUCGUCUCCAUCAAAUCUUCAUGAACUUGCUUAGCAACAGUUACAAGUUCACACCAAAGGGAUCCAUCACAGUCAAAGCAAAGGUUGCUAGAGAAGGCAAAGGCCGUGUUCGCCUAGAAUGUUCAGUGUCCGAUACCGGUAUUGGCAUUCCCGAGGAGCAAAAAGCACGCUUGUUCCGGCCCUUUUCGCAGGCGGACCCAUCAACGGAAAGGUCCUACGGCGGCAGUGGACUAGGUCUCAGUAUCUGCAAAGCAAUCAUUGAAGAUGUUCUUGGGGGCGCCAUCUGGCUUGAUUCCGAGUCCGGCAUUGGAACCACAGUAACAUUCCACUUGGUAUUCAAUAAAGCGCCCAAGAAGACAGCAGUCAAGGCGGCCUGGUCCCAGGAUUUAAACCAGACGGAAAACAAAGCAGAGGCCAAGGCCAAGGCGCGAGAUCUCAGCCAAAUCCCCCGUGACCAAAUCAAAGUUUGCAUUGCUGAAGACAAUCCGAUCAACCAAAAGAUUGCAGUCAAAUUUGUGAACGGGCUUGGCCUUCACUGCGAAGCCUAUAGCGAUGGCAAACAAGCCGUAGACGCAUUGCGUGCAAAGUCCAAAGAAGGCAACCCAUUCCAUGUCGUUUUGAUGGAUGUCAUGAUGCCCACGCUUGAUGGAUAUAAUGCCACUCGGGAACUUCGGCGAGAUCCUGAUCCGAACGUGAAUGAGGUUCUCGUCAUUGCCAUGACCGCAAGUGCCAUCGAAGGCGACAGAGAGAAAUGCCUCGAGGCUGGCAUGAACAAUUACCUUCCAAAACCAGUACGAUCCCCAAUUUUGAGCGAGUUGCUGGACAAAUACCUUGCUCCGGUCCCUUCACAUCCCCGCACCCGACUCGCGAUUCGACAAAAGGGUUCAAGGGGAAGCAUUGGGCCCGAUGCUGGUACCCCAACUAGCUUCUCUUCUUCAGGAUCCGACGAUAUUAAGCACACACAAUUCUCAAACUCCGACGGAAAAUAG